UGGUUCUGACCCAGUGUUCUUCUGAAACUGUGGGGAUGUACACCUGUGUAGCUGAGAAUGCUGCUGGAAAACAGUCAAACAGUGCUGUGUUGCGGGUCACAGGAACAGAGGAAAUCCCCAGACAAAUCAACAGUGAGCUGCACAGUGAGGUCACAUCCAAGGUGUUGUCACAUGAAAACACUCAGACGUCCUUAGCUUCCAAAGUGAAAAGCCAGCACAAAGAAGGAAAUGACAAAGGACCUGUUGUCGACUUUCUAGACCCACCUGAGCAGGUGGAGGUUCAAGUGCGACAGCGGGCCCGGCUUCACUGUGAGUUCAAGAGCAGCUGUCUUCCCGUGGCCUGCUGCUGGAUUUACAACAGGGACAAAGUGAUAGUAGGAGGGCCGCGGAUAUCUGUGAGGAGCAGUGACACCCAGAGCAGCGUGGAGAUCUCUCAGGCCUGUCCACAAGACACAGGCUCCUAUACUGUCAUAGUACGAAACCAAAAAGGCUCUGCACAGCACACAGUUUAUCUCAGUGUCAUAGAUCGACCCAACCCACCAGCAUCCCAACCUGUCAUUUCCAAGCUGUCCACUCAGUCCCUGGUCCUGUCCUGGAUGGGACCUGGCUUCGAUGGAGGCUCGGCUGUGUUGGGUUACAUUGUGGAGGUCAGACAAGAGGAUCCGGGCAAGCCUGGGAGCUGGACUGAAGUUUCGAGCCUUUGUAAAAACACAUCCUACCAUGUAUGCACAGGUCUGGAGCCUCUGGGACAAUAUCGCUUCCGUGUCAGAGCCUACAACUCAGCGGGGAUCAGCAAACCGAGCCAGGAGUCCGAGUGUGUCAAGAUGAUGACUAUAAAGGAAAAGAACGAUGAGCCCAAGUCAUACGUCACAAUCACCACUGACACAAAACACAAGGUCACAGACCACUACAAUGUGCAUGAGAAACUGGGAGUAGGAAGGUUUGGCAAGGUGUUCCGGUUGUCCCAUAAAGAGACGGGGCAUGUGUGUGCAGGGAAGUUCUACCAAGCUCGAACUGCCAAGGAAAAGUCUGCUGCCCGCAAAGAGAUUGAACUGAUGAACUUUCUUCAUCACCCAAAACUGGUCCAGUGUCUGGCUGCCUACGACACCCGCUCAGAGAUAGUCAUGAUCAUGGAGCACAUUGCAGGUGGGGAGCUCUUUCAACGCAUUGUUGAUGAAAACUUUGAGCACACAGAGCCCACCAGUGCCCGCUACAUGCAGCAGAUCCUGGAGGGCAUGCAAUACGUUCACAAGCAGAACAUUGUGCACCUGGAUCUCAAACCAGAGAACAUUAUUUGUGUGGACACCACUGGUACACAGAUCAAGAUAAUUGACUUUGGCUUGGCUAGUAAACUGGACGAGGGUAAACCACUACUGGUGAUGCAUGGUACGCCGGAGUUUGUGGCCCCUGAGGUGAUCAACUAUGAGGCUGUGGGUCUUGAGACCGACGUGUGGAGCAUUGGAGUUAUCUGCUUCAUCCUGCUCAGUGGAGAAUCUCCGUUCCAGGGGAACAAUGAAGCUGAGACUUUGGCUCUUGUGACAGCUGCAUCCUACGAAUUUGACGAGGAGAGUUUUGAGGACAUCUCAGAUCAAGCUAAAGACUUUAUCAGCUCCCUUCUGAAGAAAGACCCGAGAUGUAGGCUGUCAUGCACCCAGGCCCUAGCCCACCCCUGGAUGGCCUCUUUUACUCCACUGACCCGCAGAUCCACCAAAUCCCUCAAUAAAGAGAAGAUAAGACGCUAUUUGGCAAAGUGCAAGUGGAAGAAAACUGGCAAAGCAGUUUUGGCCCUACAGCGGAUGGCGCACCUCUCCAACAGGCCAGAGUCUCCUGGCAGCUCCUCAGAGGAGCCAAGCUGGAGCCAAGAGGCAGAGCAGGCCAUCCAGUCGCUGGAUAAGCAGCUUCAGAGUGAACCUCGCUUCCAGCAGGUCCUGAAGGACAUCACGCUUCCAAAAGGAGCGACCGCUCAGCUCAGAUGCCUUGUCAAUGGUUACCCACGGCCAGGGGUGAAAUGGUUCCAGAAUGAGAAGCUGUUGUCACAGUCGAACAGAGUGACCAUGGAGCAAGAUGAAGACGGGCUCUGCUCUCUGGUUCUGGCUGAUUUAGAGCCUUCUUACUCAGGGGUUUAUGUGUGCAGGGCCAGGAACAAGCUGGGGGAAGCAAUGUGCUCUGCCAAACUGAAAGUGGAGAUGUGAAGGAACAUGACUGGCACCAGGA